AUGCACUCACAGCCCGGCGCGAGCCGCACCUUCGCGUCAGCGCUCCCUGCCAGCAGGCAGCCAACGAACGCCGCCCGGCGGAAACUGCGCGUGCCCGAAGAAGGCGGAAGAGUCUUUCACAGUAAGAGGAAUCCGCCUCCCGCUUACAUCUCCGACGACGAUUGGCUGCACGGGUCCACGAUCUCGGGCGGUGAUUGGCUGGGAAUCAGUAGGUCUGGGUGUGAUUGGCCGGCGGGAAGUGGCGGUUUUUUUCUCUCGCCGGCGGUGAGCUCAUCAGUUGCCAAAAUGGCAGCCAGGAGGGAGAUGCAGUUUGAAAAGCUAAUUGAUGAAGUUACAAGGAAAAAAAAUUUUGAAUUAUUAGAACAAUACCUGGAAAGAGAAGAUUGUGAAAAUAUCUCUUACAAAUGCAGCAAACAGUUCGUCAGCAAGUUAGACAAGCUUCUGUGUCAGGAACUUGACAAACAAGAAAUCAAAAGUGUUUCAACUUUACUAACUUCUCUUUGGAAGUGUGGGGAAAAAAUCAGCAUAGCAGGCGACAAUGGACUCCCAGCAAUGAUAAAAUGUGGCCUUAUUGGAAAGAUGGUUAAUUGGUAUGAAAAGUUAAAAGGAAUUUUGAUUCUCAGAGGAAAUGAAAAGAACAAAAUCGUUACAAGUCUGGCUGAAGAUUUCUUCAAUGUACUACUGAUUGUAUAUGACAGCAGACCUGAAGGUAAAAUGGAAAUGCUAGAAAACUUUGUUUUGAGAACAUGUACCAUCAUAACUGAUGUAAGAAUUAAUAUUUAUGUCCAACAAGAGGUAGUAAGAAAACUUAAUUUAAUGCUUGACAGCAUGCCUCGAGAUGCCAGGAAAAAGAUAUUUUCUACAGAGGAGAUGUUGCUUGUCAUGAGUGACAUGGGUAGGAGAAUUUUGGAUGCUGGAGACUAUGACCUGCAAGUAGCCAUCACAGAAGCUUUGUGCAGAAUGGUACCAGAGAAACAAAGAAGAGAACUGGCAUGCCAAUGGUUUUCCAUGGAGUUUGUGUCCAAUGCAUUUAAAGGAAUUAAAGAUUCAGAGUUUGAAACAGAUUGCAGAAAAUUUCUUAACCAGGUGAAUGGCAUGCUUGGAGAUAAAAGAAGGGUUUUUACAUAUCCGUGUUUAUCAGCAGCUCUUGAUAAAUAUGAGCUACAGCUCCCAUUGGAUGAAAAUCUUGAAGAAUUUUGGAUUGAUUUCAAUGUUGGCAGUAGAAGUGUAUCUUUCUACGUGGCAGCAGAUAAUGCAGAUCAGCAAUGGGAAACAGUCAUCAUACCAGAGGAAGAGGUAGACCUAUACAACCUUGAAGAGAAAGAUUCAAAGAAAUUAUUAACAAUAGAUCUAAAAAGCCCAAUGAAUGUGGGAAAUCAAGAAGGAGAGAAAUUUUUUUUAUACUUUGAUUCUAUCUUGGAAAUCGAAGAUGUAGCCAGAAAGAUUUAUGGGUUAAAUAAAUGUAAGGAAUUCAGUAAGAAGCAGUCUAUGUCAGUUGCUAAAACAACAGUGCAUAUCAUCUUUGAUGAAAGUGGAUCACAGGUUCUGGUGCCAGAAAGUCAGUUGUCACCAUGUUUGGAAGAAAAAUCUGAAGAUGCCAAAUUCAGUAAGUCCAAAGCACGGCAACUUCCUGGAAUUCAGAGGUCUUUGAAUAAAAACAACCAAGAUAAAUGCAAAGAUGAUUCCUGCAAGAUCACCACGUCUUGUAAAAGGAAAGUGUCUGAAGCAUCAGUGCUUAUUCCUGCAACUGCAAGAUUUUCCACACGGAGUCCACUGGUAUUUCUUAAUACAUCCACUCCUUCUAAAGGACGAUGCAAGUUACCUUUGAAAAUGAUGAGCUCUGUUGAAAGGUCUAACAGUAAUGCAAAUGGGCAAAGAUGUACAUCAGAUAAUGAAUUUUGUGAAACAGGGCAGAAUACCAGGAAAUCAAAAAUCAGAGAAGAGGCAGAACUACCAGAAAAGGCCACACUCCCUACAGUAGAAGUUUCAAAAUUUUUACCAGAAGCAGAAAAUGGAACCACUGAAAAGCAAACUUUAGAUAUUGUUCCUGAUUCCCAGCGAACAGGGAGAAGCAACAAACAACUACUGCCUGGUCAUUUGAAAAGUUCUUCUGAUAAAAAAAGAACAAGGAAAAAAAGAAUGUGUUCUGUCCCUGAGAAGAAUAUAGCAACUGGUGACAGACAAAAGCUAAAUCUGUCAUUGGAACAAUCAUCUCACACAGCUCCUAUUCUUAGUGAAAGAGCUAUGAAACAUAAAACUUUUUGUUCGGUUUUUGGAAGUGCUUCUCCAGACAAACAAAUAAAUAAAAGAAAGCAACAAAGAAAUGGAACUGAAAUCACAAGGGAAGAAAACUGCAAAGUACUGAGUGUGCCAGAAAUAUCUUUGCAUUCUGAUUUUACAAAACACAACAAUACUGAAGAGGAAGCUGACGUUCUCUCAAGAAAGGAGACUGCAGGUCAUGAAAAGUCAAAAAUGAAAAUAAAAUCUAAAGAAAUCACAGAUGCAACAAAAUCACUAAUUAGUAAAAUCAGUGACAGAUAUAAAGAUGAGAAGAGCAAAACAAGAGACUCUUUGGUUUUCAACAGAUCGUGUCCAAAUAAAUCCUGUUUCAGUGUCAAUAAGGAAAAUAUUCAGAAUAGAAAUCUGAAAUCUACUACUUGUCUGGAUACGGCUGCUGAUCAUAGUGUGUAUGAUGUGUACAACUUCAACGUCAGUGUGUUUAAUGAGCCUACAAUAAAAGUCGGAAUCCAAGACUGCUGUGCUAAGGAAGCAAGCACUCAUACAGAUCCAAACAAAAAAGAGAACCCAGUUGAAAGUAAAACUAGCUCUGAAAUGAAAUCAGGAAGAAAAACUAGAUACAAUCAAAGCAAAAAGCAUUUUUUCAGUGACACAGACACAGAAUACAGAGGAGAUGACAGCAAGACAGACAUCAGCUGGCUACAAAAAUCCAAAGCACCAUCUAAGCCACAGAUAAUUGAUUACAGUAGAAAUAAAAACUUAGGGAAGUCAAAAAGAGAAGGCAAAAAGAAGUUCUCUGAACUCCCUUGCUGGAUGGAUACACCCAAAGGCAAAACAGCAAAAGAGAAAAAGCUGAGUGAACGUAAAAAACAAAGUUCAGUAAUUGAUGACAUGAUGGAACAAACCACCAGACCAAAACGACCUCAAAGAGCAGUGCAGCCAAAAAAUUACAAAGAUCCUUCCAGUUCAGAGUCAGGAAGUGAAUUUUCAGCAUGUACCUAUAAGAGGGCAAAAUCAAAAGGACAGAAAGGUGUGAAUGAGAAAAACAAAGAUGGUAAUCAUCAGAAGGAUCUCCAGAAUUUGGUGGAGCCAAAGACAGCAGCAAACUGUGUAAAUAAAGCAUUUAUUAAAUCAAAGAACUCUACAGAACAAGAGGAAAUUGAAAUGUCUUCACCUGAGAGUCCUGCAUCUCUAGAGACCAUGAGAUGUGCUGAGAGAACAUCAGAGGGAUGUGUUACUCAAGACCAUACUUCUAGUGAGGGGUCACCUGGUCUUCAGAAGUCAACACCAGAAAAAAACGAAACAGUAGACUUUGAGAAAGGAAUCUCUCCAAGUAAUCUCUGUCUACAAAAGAAAAAUACUCAACAUAUGCAUCUAAACCAGUCUCCUGAAAUGACUGUUACAAAGUUAACACUUGGAAAGAAAAGUUUUUCACCAGUUCUAACUGCUUCAUCUUUGCUCAACUUAACAUCAGUAACCCCACAUAAAGCAUACUGUGGAAAAAACACAGAGGGAUCUGUAUCUGAAACAUGUAAUGCUGAUGAAAAUUUAAGUUUUAGACGUGGCUUUUCAGACAAAAUUUCUAUUGAAGGAAAACAACAAGACAUUACUAAACCUGUCAUGAAAAAGAAAGGAGAGGAAUUAUCUCCAGUAUCUGUGUCCACUGGAAGUGAAGUACAGUCUUGGAGUCAAGAACCUUAUGGCCCUGCACAUGAGUCAGAGUAUGAAAAUUUGUCCUCUGUAUCUGUAAGUGAUCCAGCUGCUUUGGAUGUGGACAUCUGGGAACCUGGUUGUUCAACUAUCGAUAUAUGUCAGAAGCUCCAAAAAGAAUACACUAAGAAAAUUGAGAGCCGUUCACGGAAAAUGGAGCAUUUUGCAAAGCAGUCAUUAAGAGCUGCCAACCAGCAUUUGACAACGUUGAAUCAACAGCUUCUUGAAUGCAGGCUCAAGCAGCUGGACAGAUUUCAUAUUAUUAUUCUUCAGGAAAUUGAGAAUUUUGAGAAAGAUUCUCAGUCCCUGAAUAACAUGGAGAAAGAAUUACUGACUUUUUGGAAAAAAAAUAAGCAUACUUUCAGUACGUUCAUGAAGAAUGAGCAACAGAGGCUGCAGAUCCUUAAAACAUCCUUUGAAAAGAAUAUCCACCAUAGUGUUGACUAUGAAGAAAAUAUUUUUACUUCAGAGGUGCAUCUGAUGAAAGAAGACAUGAAAGGACUCCAAGAGAAAUUUCUUAAAGAAAUGCAAGAAGAGGAACUGAUUAAUGUUCGCAGAGGAUUGCAGACAUUAUUUCUAGCAGAAGAUGGAAAAUUCUGAAGUAGUACUUCCAUGUACCUUCCUGAAAUUCAAGCUCAAUAUAAACACUCAUUUUCAAUACAAAAUUUGACUUUUUUUUUACUUAAGGAAACUACUGUAAUGAAAACAUAUUUUCCUUAAUAAAGUUGAAGUCUUUUUA